AUGGAGCGACAAUUCGCACAUGCGAUACGCCGAAUGGACCGUAUGCUCGGGCCUGCCUCCGACGAAUGGCCCGUUGUGAACGAGAACAUCCAAAAGCAGAAAUUGACAAGUGACCUGCUUUCUAAGUUUCGACGUCUAACAGCGUCUCGUUCAUUUCAGGUGACGGAUGAGAAGGGCAGAUUUGCCGUCAAGCUAAAUGUCAGUGCGUUCCAUCCCGAAGAACUCGCGGUGAAAAUCCAAGAUCGAGAAGUGUGCAUUGAAGGACAUCACGAAGAACGCAGCGACCAGCACGGGAGCGUCGAGCGACAUUUCGUCCAAAAAUUCCUGCUACAUACGACUGCGCUGCCGGACAGUGUGGAAUCGAGUCUCUCAGACGACGGAGUUCUCCGAGUCACUGCUCAGAAAAAAUGCACCGUCGAAGAAGUACAAUCUAGAAGAAUCCCCAUUCAGCCAGUAAAUAACUGA